CCUCGCUCUUCUUCGCCCUUAUUACAUAUGGGAAUUGAAUAUAAACGUUGAGGAGGCGCCCCCAAAGGGGUCCCUUUCCCGAUUCCCAGCAGGCGGACCCACCACAAGAAGGUGUGUAACACCUAGUGAUGGAUAAAUUCCUGGUCAGAGGGUCUCUUACGACCGCAGCAGGAAAGAACAAGAGGAAAUCCCCUGGCCCAGACGAGGAGGAUGCAGACUCCGUCGAGGAAGGCAGCAGAACAGGAGCGAAGAGGCCCAGGGGGGACACGGCCCGCCAAGAUGAGCCGCCCUUGGCAGGUGCUCCUUGGAAGCGAAUCCAGGCCGAGGGGCUAAACUGCGACUACAAGAUCCUCUUCGGCAAAACCGAGGCCGACGGAAUCUUCCAGGAGCUCGAAAAGGAAGUUGAAUACUUUGAAGGGGCGCUUACCAAACUGCAUGUCUUUGGUAAGUGGCACAACAUUCCCCGGAAACAGGUGACCUACGGGGAUGCUGGGCUCACGUACACUUACUCAGGCGUCACCUUCUCCCCCAAGCCGUGGAUCCCGGUUGUGAAUCACAUCAAAGACCGUAUCCAGCUGGCCACUGGGCACACCUUCAAUUUUGUUCUGAUUAACAGGUAUAAAGACGGGCAAGACCACAUGGGGGAGCACCGAGACGACGAAAGGGAGCUUGUCCCGCGCAGCCCCAUCGCGUCGGCGUCCUUCGGCGCCUGCAGAGACUUCGUCUUCCGGCACGGCGCUUCCCGAGGCAAAGGGCCCUCGCGCCGCCGCGUCGAACCCGUCAAGGUGCCGCUGGAGCACGGCAGCCUGCUGCUGAUGAAUUUCCCCACCAACCGUUACUGGUACCACAGCUUGCCCAGCCGGAAGAAGGUGCUGGCGCCCAGAAUCAACCUGACAUUCCGGAAAGUGAUGGCGCUCUAGCAGGACCAAGAUCUGGCUUCGACACGGUCCUUUCGGGCCUCUGGGAAACGUUCUCUCUCUUUCGCCAGAGUCCGUCCGUCUAUUUGACACGUAGGUGAAGCACGAAACACAGAGAAUGUUGUAUCCAAAAAUUCUCUUUGAGGGAAAAU